AUUGCAAAAGAAAAAGGUGAACUUGAGGUUAGAAUUGCGGAAUUGGAACAGACCACAAAGUUAAGUCAGACAGAAAAUGUCAAGAUCAAGGCAGAAAUUGCAAAUUUAAAACGAUCUAAUUGUUCAAGUGAUGGAAAUGCACAGAUUACCAAUUCUUCAGCUCACCAGGGAGCAACUUCAGAACAGAUAGACGAUACAAUUUCUGAUACAUCUAACCUUAAUGAAACAUGCUCUGGCAAAUAUAAAUCAUUAGAAGAUAAAGAAAUUGAUGACUUUUUAGAUUCGGAAAAUAAGAAGAAAAGGAUUAAUGAUGAGAUAAGGCAAAGGAAUAAGGAAAAAAAGCUAUUACAUA